UGGAGGCACACAGACACGAAGACAGCCUGGUGCUGCUUUUUAAACACACACAUAAACUCUACUUACACACAGCUAAAAAGAUGACAGGUUUACUUGGUGGUUUCACAGUACCUUUACUUGGAGUCAGCAUUUUCAUUGCUACUCUGACCUACAUCACCUACAAGCUGCUCAGCAGUUACUUGCACAAAUGGUUUGAAAUGAAGCCUAUUCCAGAGGUGGAAGGAACAUACCUUUUUAUUGGGAAUGCACUGCAGUUCAAACCCAAUGCAGGAGAUUUCUUUCGUCAAAUAGUGGAUUAUACCUGUGAGUUCAGGAAUGCACCACUGCUUAAACUUUGGGUUGGACCAGUGCCAUUUGUGGUUUUAUAUCAUGCUGAGACUGUUGAGGCAAUUCUGACCAAUCCUGUUCAUAUGGAAAAAGCCUAUUUAUACAACUUCCUGCAUCCUUGGCUUGGAACUGGUCUGCUCACUAGCACUGGCCCUAAGUGGCGUCAGCGGCGAAAGAUGUUGACACCCACCUUCCACUUCUCCAUCCUGACGGACUUCUUGGAAGUGAUGAAUGAACAGGCAGAUAUCCUGGUGGAGAAGCUGGAGAAGCAGGCAGGGAAGGGUCAAUUCAACUGCUUCAGUCACAUCACCCUGUGUGCCCUGGACAUUAUCUGUGAAACUGCAAUGGGAAAGAAAAUUUACGCCCAGAGUAAUUCUGAUUCAGAGUAUGUCAAGAGUGUGUACAAAAUGACUGACAUUAUCAGCCGCAGACAGAGGAAACCUUGGUUUUGGCCUGACUUUGUGUACACCUGCUUUGGUGAGGGCCAGGAGCAUGACAAGACACUCAAAAUCCUCCAUUCCUUCACAAACAAAGUGAUACAUGAAAGAGCAGAGUACAUUUCUAACAUUGAAUCAGACAGCGAGUCUGACCAGGGCACGAGGAAAAGACGAGCAUUUCUGGACAUGCUCUUGAAGACUACUGAUGAGGAUGGCAACAUGAUGAACCAUCGGGACAUUCAGGAGGAAGUGGACACCUUUAUGUUUAGGGGUCAUGAUACCACAGCAGCCUCUAUGAACUGGGUUCUACAUCUGGUGGGCUCCCACCCUGAGGCGCACAGCAAAGUUCAACAAGAGCUUCAAGAUGUGUUCGGUACAUCUGACCGGCCUGUUAACACAGAGGACCUGAAGAAACUCAAAUAUUUGGAGUGUGUGAUCAAGGAGGCCCUGCGACUGUUUCCCUCUGUGCCUUUCUUUGCCCGCAGCAUCGGUGAAGACUGCCAUAUCAAUGGUUUCAAAGUCCCCAAAGGUGCAAGCGCUAUCAUCAUCACCUACGCUCUCCACCGUGACCCACGAUACUUCCCUGAGCCUGAUGAGUUUCGACCAGAACGCUUUAUGCCCGAGAAUUCAGUGGGAAGACCUCCAUAUGCAUACAUCCCCUUCUCUGCUGGACUCCGCAACUGUAUAGGUCAGCGGUUUGCACUAAUGGAAGAAAAGGUGAUUUUGGCUUCCGUCCUCCGUAACUUCAAUGUUCAAGCUUGUCAGAAACGUGAAGAGCUGCGUCCAGUAGGAGAGCUCAUCCUCCGACCAGAGAAUGGCAUCUGGAUCAAACUGGAAAAGAGGAAGCCUUAAAGUUGAUCAAAGUAGCACUUACUCCUGUUAAUAAUAGGACUUACUAAUAUGAUACUGCUACUGAGAACUAUGUUUUGCUUAAAUGUUGGCCUGUUGAAAUAAACAGUGCUUGUUAAAGACU